UUCCGAAAAAAGAUCCGGAACCAUUUCUUAUUAAGAACUGGUGUCCAAUUGCCUUACUUAAUUGCGACUAUCAGAUUGUGGCCAAAGCUCUUGUUCCCCUGUUCCUCUGUGCCUACUGUUCCUGUGUUCCUCUGUGCCUACUGUUCCCCUGUUCCUCUGAUCCUACUGUUCCUUUGUUCCGCUGAGCCUACUGUUCACCUGUUCCUCUGUUCCUAUUGUUCCUCUGUUCCUCUGUGCCUACUGAUCCCCUGUUUCUCUGUGCCUACUGUUCCUCUGUUCCUCUGUGCCUACUGUUCCCCUGUUCCUCUUUGCUUACCAUUCCUCUGUUCCUCUGUGCCUACUGAUCCCCUGUUCCUAUUGUUCCUCUGUUCCUACUGUUCCUCUGUUCCUACUCUACUGUUCCCCUGUUCUUCUGAUCCUACUGUUCCUCUGCUCCUCUUUGCUUACUGUUCCUUUGUUCCUCUUUGCUUACUGUUCCUCUGUUCCUCUGUGCCUACUGUUCCUCUGUUCCUCUGUGCCUACUGUUCCCGUGUUCCUCUGUGCCUACUCUUCCGUUGUUCCUCUGUGCCUACUGUUCACCUGUUCCUACUGUUCCUCUGUUCCUCUGUUCCUACUGUUCCUCUGUUCCUACUGUUUCCCUGUUCCUCUGUUCCUACUGAUCCUACUGAUCCUCUGUGCCUACUGUUCCCCUGUUUCUCUGAUCCUACUGUUCAUCUGCUCCUCUUUGCUUACUGCUCCUCUGUGCUGUUCCUACUGUUCCCCUGUUCCUCUGUGCCUGCUGAUCCCGUGUUCCUCUGUGCCUACUGUUCCUCUGUUCCUACUUUUCCUCUCUUCUCUGAGCCUACUGAUCCCCCUGUUCCUCUGUUCCUACUCUUCCUCUGUUCUCCUGUUCCUCUGUGCUACAAUUACUCUUUUCAUCUGCAGUGCAAUGACAUCUGUCAGGUCGUCAUACACAAGUCAUGA